AUGUCUCUCUUCACAGCACAGCUCCACCCGGGACGGGCGCUGGGCUUUCUAGUCCUUGGCGCAUCCCUUCAUGACAUUCUGACGCGGCUCAAGGCCGAGCCUCACCGUUUCCCAAAACUCGACCUCACCUACUCCCCAACCGACCCCGUCCGGGACCCCGUCGUCCUCGCCCUGCCGGCCAACGGCCUCCGCCUGCGCUUCGACGGCCCCGAACAGCGACUGCGGCUGAUCGAAGUGCUCGACUUCACCAAAAACCACAUAUUUUUCAGGGAGCAGAAUAAGGACCGCGACCUGGUCAAGCCCAGCAGCGCCGACGCGCCGGCGCCUACUGGCGGUCCGACCUUUCGGCACAUCUACUCGCGCUUCCUCGGCCCGACCUACGACGGCGAAUUUGUCCCGGGCGAGGGAAAUGGAAACAGCAGCAACAACACUGGGACGUAUGUUCUGUCGUAUCCCGGCGUCGCCUUUACCUUUCCGAUGGCACGGUCUGCCUACUCGCCGGACAAGGAUGUCGUGUCGCUGCUGUCGACGCCCAGCAACCUGGCUGCGGUGUCCAUGGCCGUCUUCAGCGGCGACUCAUGGGCCCAGGCGCGCGACCACUUGUGGACCGAGGUGCUGCCGGCCAUCAAGUCGUUUACACCCCUUGCCAAGGGCAAAGACGUCGCGCCCGACGAGGUGUCGCUGGUCAACAUCCACGGCGGCGGCAAGCUGCAACUGUUUCGUCGAUGGGCACAACCAGCACAGCCGACGUCCACUGACGACGCGGCUGCUUCGGCCGACGCGUCGUCUUUUUUUUGGAUCACACUGGCCGAGACAACACCGCAGGAGCUCGUCGCCGAGCUGGGCCCGCCCGACGCCAUCUACCGCAAGAGCGACCAGCGCAUGUACAUCCACAAGAUCCGCACCGCCAGCACCAGCCGCUCGCGACGGCCCACCACCCAUGCUGCGGGCAGUCUCGGCACCAGCGACCCGCACAGCUACAACGCCGGACACGGCCGGCGUCCCGACGAAACGCUGACGGAUACGGACCAGUCCUCGAUCCCGACGGCGUCCUCGGACGAUGACGACGGCGACGACGCGGCAGAGGACGAAUUGAUGACGGGCAACGUGUCGAGCGAGUGCUUUUUCAACUACUUUUACCUCGGCUUUGACGUCCUCGUCUCGACGCCCACCACGCCCUCGCGGCCGCCACCAUCGCUGGAGGCCGGUGGUGGUGGUGCGCCUCCGCCCGAACGGCCCCUCAAGACCACGGGCCCCGACCGCCUCGUGGCCACCAAACUUGUCCUGCACGGCAACGUCCCCGGCUCCUACCCGUUCAACCGCCACCGCCGCUGUCGCUGGUCCAUUGCCUACGCGCCGCCCGGCGCCACCGUCGAUUCUGAGUCGCCCUUUGCCCAGAUCGAGGAGCAGCUCCACCGCGCCUGGCGGCCCAUCUAUGCCUCCGACGAGGAGGCCCGCCAGCGCCAGCGCGGCAUGGUGCUCAACCGCGGCUGGGGCGACAGCCCCGGCAGCAGCAUCGAGCUUCUGGGCGGCUGGGAGGAGAGCCAGCGGGUCGCCUCGAGCGGCGCCGGCCGGGGCGGUCGCGGCGGUGGGGGAGGCAACGCUGGAACCAGCGGCAGCAGCACGUUGCGCGGAGUCAAGGGCACAGAGGACUCGACGACGACACUGUACGGGUUCCCGGGCCUGGUCUUUGAGGUGCUGCGCAACGGCUACGUGAGUGCAUUGACGGUGUUUUAG